UUAGUGGCAGAGCUGGGAUGGGAAAGACCAUUUUUUCCCACCGCGCUCAUUAGUGAGGCUGCUUUGUCUCACUUCUGCACAUAACUCACUUCUGCCCCAGAUGAAAAGGCUGCUCUCUGCGACAGAUCCUCCCACUCUCGGGGGCGGACACUCCCGGGUCUCACCUGAGGCUCCGCGGGGUCCCGCCGGGACCAGACACCGCCCCCUGGCGGCAGGUGGGCGCAAGCGCAGCGCAUGCUAAUAAGCCCGCGGCGCGGCGCGCUGAUUGGCUGGCGCGGAUUCCAGCGGCUUUCCCGGGGCGGGGGCCGAGGCAGAGUAAAGGGGCGCCGCCGGCAGCAGCCGCCCCCGCCCCGCGCUCCAGGCCGCCCUCCUCCCCCGGGACGUCGGGGCGUGUGCGAGCCACGCGGGCGCCUUCGCCCGGGGCUUCCCCUCCUGUGGUCCGCUCGGUUCUGCUUCUGAAUCCAUCCAGGGUCCGGGAUGACGAUCCGACACCAAGGCCAACAGUACAGGCCGAGGAUGGCAUUUCUGCAGAAGAUCGAAGCCCUAGUGAAGGACAUGCAGAACCCAGAGACGGGGGUCAGAAUGCAGAACCAGAAGGUUCUGGUCACCAGCGUCCCUCACGCCAUGACAGGAAGUGACGUUCUACAGUGGAUCGCCCAGCGGCUUUGGAUCUCCAAUCUGGAGGCACAGAACCUGGGCAACUUUAUUGUCAAGUAUGGCUACAUUUACCCCCUGCAAGAUCCCAGGAAUCUCGUUCUCAAGCCUGACAAUAGCCUGUACCGAUUUCAGACGCCGUAUUUCUGGCCCACCCAGCAGUGGCCGGCUGAAGAUACAGACUAUGCCAUCUAUCUAGCCAAGCGAAAUAUAAAGAAGAAAGGGAUUUUAGAAGAAUAUGAAAAGGAAAAUUACAAUUUCUUGAACAAAAAAAUUAACUACAAAUGGGACUUUGUCAUUAUGCAGGCCAAAGAGCAAUACAGGACUGGGAAGGAAAGGAAUAAGGCAGACAGGUAUGCCCUGGAUUGCCAGGAGAAGGCGUAUUGGCUGGUCCACCGAUGCCCGCCGGGAAUGAACAAUGUGCUGGACUAUGGCCUGGACCGAGUGACCGAUCCACAUGAAGUUCAGGUAAACCAGAAACAAACAAUCACCGCUGUCAGAAAAGAGAUCAUGUAUUACCAACAGGCCUUAACGAGGUCCACCGUGAAGUCAUCAGUGUCCCUCGGAGGGAUCGUCAAAUACAGUGAGCAAUUUUUGUCCAAUGAUGCCAUCAUGUCGGGCUGCCUCCCUAGCAAUCCUUGGAUAACAGAUGACACCCAGUUCUGGGACUUAAAUGCCAAAUUGGUGGAAAUCCCAACCAAGAUGCGGGUGGAACGAUGGGCUUUCAACUUCAGCGAAUUGAUCCGAGACCCCAAGGGCCGACAGAGUUUCCAGUACUUUCUCAAGAAAGAAUUCAGUGGCGAGAAUCUGGGAUUCUGGGAAGCCUGUGAAGAUCUGAAGUAUGGAGAUCAGUCCAAGGUCAAGGAGAAAGCAGAGGAAAUUUACAAGCUCUUCUUGGCCCCAGGGGCGAGACGGUGGAUAAACAUAGACGGCAAAACCAUGGACAUCACGGUCAAGGGGCUGCGGCAUCCCCACCGCUACGUGCUGGAUGCAGCUCAAACCCACAUCUACAUGCUCAUGAAGAAGGAUUCUUAUGCUCGCUACUUAAAGUCUCCCAUCUAUAAGGAAAUGCUGGCCAAGGCUAUUGAACCUCAGGGAACCACCAAGAGAAGCUCCGGCCUCCCAUUCAUGCGGCGCCACCUGCGUGCCAGCCCGAGCCCCGUCAUCCUGCGGCAGCUGGAAGAAGAAGCCAAGGCCCGAGAAGCAGCCAACACCGUGGACAUCACCCAGCCGGGCCAGCACACUGCUCCCAGCCCUCACCUGGCCGUGUACACCGGGACCUGCGUGCCCCCCUCUCCUUCCAGCCCCUUCUCCCCGUCCUGCCGCUCCCCCAGGAGGCCCUUUCCCUCACCGGGCCGCUUCAUCCGGAGGCCCAGCAGCGCCAUCUGCCCCUCGCCCAUUAGGGUGGCCUUGGAGAGCUCCGAGCAGAAGGGGGAGGCCAGCGGGUCCAGUGCCUGCCCUGGGCCCUCCGACACGGACGCCAGCGAGGCCUCCACCGAGCACCCCUGGCCCCGGCCGCAGCCCAAGGCCCCGCCCAAGGCCCGCAUGGCUCUGUCCUUCAGCAGGUUUCUGAGACGGGGCUGUUUAGCUUCCCCCGUCUUUGCCAGGCUCUCGCCCAAGUGCCCCCCCGUGUCCCACGGGAAGGUGCAGCCCCUGGGGGAUGUGGGCCAGCAGCUGCCACGACUGAAAUCCAGGAAAGUAGCAAAGUGGCCCCUCUCUACUCGAUUUUGGGUGGCGCCGCAAGCCUGAUUUCUGAGAACCCCAAGGACCCUGAGGCACCCUGCCAGGUGCAGAACCCUGCGGGGGGUGCCUGAUAGCUCCCGGACCGGCGGCAGAAAGGAAAGUUGUAGACAGUGCAAAACCGAGAAUCAGCCCCCACCUUUAUCUGGUUUGGGGGAGACAGUCAGGGGUAUCCCUGCACCAAUCAACCCGCUCCUGUGUUUGGCCUUGCCUGGUGUUGAAAAGGAAAGCUCCAUGCAGAGGUCUCGGGUUGCCAUGGAUACCCGAGCAUCCCGGGCCUCUGCCUCGCAGUGUGCUUGGGGGACAGCAGGGGGCAGAGGUGAUUACUUCUCUGCUGCCUCUGUCAGUCGGGGCGGGGAAAGGAGGGUGAGCCUGUCUAUGGAUUCAUCAGAAGGCAGUCGAACUAGCUUGAGGAUCAAGUGCAGGCAUGUCCUAAUGCGACGUCCUGAACUCACCAAAACCAUAAAAAUCUAAUGAAGAUAAAGCAUCUUUUGACUCAGCCUUAAUUCCGCAGAAAAAUAUGAGUCCCUUGCUCCCGCCAGUAAAAGAGAUCCACGGAGCCGUUUGCGGCACACACAGCUUUUGGCAAAUACACCUGCGUGUCUGCCUUCUCCGGGGAUGUCAGGGUGAGGUGAGGAUUUGGUGUCCUUCCUGUCCCCUUGCACAUGCUUUCU